AUGAUCAGUACGUACCAGCCAGCAAGUUCAACAGCGCCAUGUCGGGGCAUCCAGCUCUCGUCGAUGCCACAGUUGGCUGAGGCGAUUAGCAAGCAGGAUGACUGGACUGGGACCAAUGACGCCGCAGCGCGCAGACGGGCACAGACAAGACUCAACACAAGGGCAUACCGAAAACGCAAAGCCCUAGCAAAGAAGGAAGCCGAAGCCGAAGCAUCCGGUUCUGCAACCGGGACACUCGUCAAAUCAGAACCGCUGGUCGAAUGCUGGGAUAAUGAUCAGCAAUCUGUCUCUACCGUCCCAGCAUCCCAUCUCAAACAAUUAUACAACGCCAAAACCCCCCUGCUACCAGCGAAACCCAGGAAAGGACAGCAGUUCAAAAUAGUCUUCCCCCUCAGUCCCGACCAUCUCAUCACCCUCCUCCAAUUCAACGUCCUCCGCGCUCUAGCCGUCAACCGCAGCCUAAUCUCAGGUAUCCUCGCCACGCCCCUCAACUGCGGCGAGGAAGAAGUCAUCCACACCGUCCCCUACCCCAGCAAACCCCAACUCCUCCCCCCCUCCCUACUGCCCACCGCCCUGCAGCAGACGGUCCCGCACGCCGACUGGGUUGACCUGUUUCCGUGCCCCGACGCCCGCGACCGCCUGAUCCGGGCCGCCGGCUCCUUCGACGAGGACGACCUGUGGGCCGAUUGCAUUGGUGGGCUGUACGAGGGUUUUCCGGACGACGAGGUUGAGCGCCGCGGCAUUGUGGCGUGGUCGCCGCCGUGGGAAACCUCGGGCUGGGAGAUGUCGGAGGGGUUUCUGGGGAAGUGGGGAUGGUUGUUUGACGGGUUGCAUAGGGGGGCGUGCCUGGAGGCGACGAAUCGGUGGCGGGUGCAGAGGGGCGAGGAGCCGCUGGUUGAUGAUGGCUGCACGACACAUGCGACUGUGUGA